ACUAAAUCAAAGUCGUACUCCACAUCAACUCUUCUUCUUCUUCUUCUUUGUUAUUCAAUUUAGGGUUUUGUUUUUGGCGUCGCUGAAUAAAGAAGAGGAAAGAGAGAGAGAGAGGCGAAAGCAGGAGGGCGCCGCCUGAGCAGAAGACGAAAGUCGGUGGGAAUCACGGAGGGAGCAUUGGCGGCUGAUGAUGAUGAGUGAUUGACGAAGGCGGCAGAAGUGAGAAGCACAAAUAGAGGGGAAGAGAGAAGAGGGAGAGCGGCAAGACCGAAACGGGGAAAAGAGAGAAAAAAAGGGAGAGAGAGAGAGAGAGAGGAGCUGCGGCUAUAAGAUGAGCGUGUGAUUCGAAGAGGAAAAAGGGGAAGCGGCUAGGGUUUCGUGUAGCGAUUUGAAGAGGAAAAAGGAGGAAAGUCUGAACAAGUACAAGGCUUCUGGGUUCCAAAAAGUGGAAGAUAUUUUACGGGAAGAGAAAAUAUUUGGGAAGUGAUUUUAGGAGUUUAACAAGCCCUAGAGCCGAGAAUCGAGAGGGUUUAGAGGAGAGAGAGACUCGAUUUUGAGGAAUAAUUUUAGCGGUUCCAGAGAGGAGAGAGUCUAGAUAGGGUUUUUGGGGCGAAGAGGAAUCGAGUGCAUUUGGAAGGAGAAGGGAGGCUUUCGAACCUACAGCUAAGCAGUUCAGACCGGGAACGUGAACCCAUUAAGUCCUCACAUUUGUUUUAAUUUAGUUUGUCUUAGGUUUAUAUGUUGUGCUAGUCCACAAUGUCCAAGGAUCAUUCAGUCAGCAUUAAGGAUGCAAUAUACAAGCUGCAGCUCUCUCUUCUGGAUGGCACUAAAGAUGAAUCUCAGCUCUUUGCAGCUGGCUCCUUGAUGUCUCGUAGUGACUAUGAAGAUGUUGUCACUGAGCGGACAAUAUCAAACCUUUGUGGUUACCCUCUCUGCAACAAUUCGCUUUCAUCUGAUCCUCAGAGAAAGGGAAAAUACCACAUUUCGUUGAAGGAGCAUAAAGUCUAUGACUUACAGGAGGUCAGAAGGUUUUGUUCCUCAAGUUGUCUCAUUGAGAGUCGCGCUUUUUCAGGGAGUUUGCAGGAAGAGCGAUGUUCAAUCUUGAAUGCAGUUAAACUAAAUGAAAUUCUAGAUAUGUUCGAAGAUUUGAGUUUGGAUAAUUCUGCAGAGGACUUAAAGGAGAUUGGGGACCUUGGGUUGUCUAGACUGAAGAUUCAGGAGAAUACAGAGACAAAGGUUGGGGAAGUGCCUUUGGACGAGUGGUUGGGGCCCUCUAAUGCAGUAGAAGGCUAUGUUCCAAAAAGGGACCGUAAAUCCAAGGCUCCACAUGCAAGAUAUAGCAAAGAUGAGUCUAAUUCUAAUCAUGCUAAGCCAAGUACCAGGGAAGAUUUUCCCAUUAACAAGAUGGGUUUCAUGAGUGCUAUAAUCACCAGUGACGAAUAUGGAACUUCUAAUGAGCGAUCGGCUUUAUUAGAGGCCUGUUCUACUAAGAUGCUUGAAGAACAAAAAAUGAAAGGAAUUUGUAGAGAUUUGGAGCAGCAGGCUGUUGUAUCAGAAUCUCCAUCUGCUCCUUGUAGAAAAGAUUCUGGUAGAAAGUCAAAAGAAUCAAGAGGGGAAGUUAAAAUCAUUGCAGAAGAUGAGCAUACAUUUGAAGAAACUUAUGAUGGUUCUGUUACGGAUAAUGCUCAAGAAGAAAAUAGGUCUCUUUUCAAAAAAGCAGGUGGAUCAAGUGGGAUGCUCAAACCUUCUCUCAAAUCUUCUGGUGCAAAAAAACUUGGUCGGUCAGUUACUUGGGCUGAUGAAAAAACUGAUUGUGUUGGAAGUGGUAAGCUUUGUGAGCUUAGGGACAUGAAAGAUACAACAGUAAGCUCGCAGGCAUAUGGUGGUGUAGACAAGUAUGUCGUUGAUAGCAUGGCACGUCUUGAAUCAGCAGAAGCGUGUGCUAUAGCAUUGAGCCAGGCAGUGGAGGCUGUUGCUUCUGGGAAUUCAGAUGUUAGUGAUAUUGUGUCUGAAGCUGGGAUAAUUAUAUUGCCACACCCGCAUGAUAUCAAUGGCGGAGAGCCUGUUGAUGACGGAGAGCAAGUGGAGGAUGUUGAUAUGCUUGAGCCUGAACCAACUUCUCUGAAGUGGCCUCUAAAGCCGGGAAUUCCACAUUCUGAUGUAUUUGACCCUGAAGAUUCUUGGUUUGAUGCUCCACCAGAGGAUUUCAGUUUAACUUUAUCAACCUUUGCAACAAUGUGGAACACAAUCUUUGGAUGGAUAACAUCUUCUUCUUUGGCUUAUAUUUAUGGGAAGGAUGAAAGUUUUCAUGAGGAUUAUUUUUUUAUUAAUGGGAAGGAGUACCCCCGGAAGAUUGUCCUGGGAGAUGGUCGUUCUUCUGAAAUCAAGGAAACUCUUGCUGGUUGUCUUGGUCGGGCUCUGCCUGGACUUGUGGCUGAUCUUGGGCUGCCAACCUCAAUAUCUGAUAUUGAGAAGGGAUUGGGGUGCUUGUUGGAUACAAUGUGUUUCACUGAUGCACUUCCGGCAUUCAGAAUGAAGCAUUGGCAAGUUAUUGUUCUUCUUUUUCUGGACGCUUUAUCUGUGUGUCGGAUCCCUGCAAUUUCUCCUUACAUGACGAACGGAAGGAUGCUGCUUUAUAAGGUCUUGAAUGGUGCGCAGAUGAGCAUGGAAGAGUAUGAGAUAAUGAAGGAUCUCCUAAUACCGCUUGGCCAUGCACCUCAGUUCUCCAUGCAAAGUGGGGAUUAAUUCAGGAACUUUUCUUUUUUCUUGUUGAAGUAGUAAUUAAACUACGGGGAUGUCAGUCACACCUAAUCCUUUCCUUCCUUGAACGAACUGUACGUAUUCAUAGAAAUAUUAAAACUAUAAAUCUGUAAAUGCACCCUGGAGUAGAGGGAGGCUGGCAGGAACAUGCAGUUCUGUGGGGACUACUAUGUUGAAGCUAUGUGGGGUUUAAUUUUCUUAAAUGAAAGAGCCUGGAGAACUGAAGCAAAAUUGUUAAAAAUAUAAUAUUUGUCUCUGAAUAAUUAAACACCUUUUUGACUUUUGUAAGA